GACGUCAUCAAUGCGCGACGUAGCAUGCAGGACUGUGAAGGACGCCGCUGAGAAGCUCAGGAUGAAAUAAGUCUGAUAUAAAGCAGGACGCUGUUGUUGUUGCUGUGAUGGCGGUGUCGUGUCUAUCCCGAGCGCUGCGCUCUCUGACUCUCUCCCAACCUAUUCUGCUCUCCUCACAGGUGGCUGCACAGACUAAGCUGGGAUCUCAGGUGCCCAGUACAGUCGCACAAAGCCGAGGAUUCCUCACCACAGCCUCUCUGGAGAACAACAGGACACACUGGAAGAAGAGGGAGAAAUACACCAUCAGGCCUAUUGGAAUGAAAAAGACAGGUGGCCGAGAUCACACAGGAAGGAUCCGUACGCAUGGCAUCGGCGGUGGUCAUAAACAAAAAUACCGGUGGAUAGACUUUCAGCGACUGCGUUACGAACCCAAUGCGGAAGCCAAGCCUUUUGAAGAGAAGGUUGUUGAAGUGAGAUACGACCCAUGCAGGUCUGCUGAUAUUGCACUGUUAGCUGGAGGUAGCCGGAAAAGAUGGAUCAUUGCGACAGAGAAGAUGCAGGCUGGAGACAUCAUUAAAACAUCUGGAGUUAUUGGACGCAUGGCAGUGUUAGCCAAUGAAGGGGACGCCUACCCGCUGGGAGCUCUUCCGGUGGGAACGCUUGUGAACAACCUGGAGCUGCAACCAGGGAAGGGAGCGGAGUACAUUCGUGCUGCAGGCACAAGCGGUGUUUUGCUCCGUAAAGUCAACGGAACAGCAAUCGUUCAGCUUCCUUCAAAGCAGCAGGUUCAGGUGCUGGAGACCUGCAUGGUGACGGUGGGACGUGUGUCCAACAUCGACCAUGGUAAAAGGAUCAUCGGCAAAGCCGGUCGCAACCGCUGGCUUGGCAUUCGGCCUUCAAGCGGCUUGUGGAAGAGGAAGGGAGGCUGGGCGGGACGCAAGAUUAACCCGCUGCCUCCGAUGAAGAGUUACGUCAACCUGCCCUCAAUCUCAGCUAACUAACACAACGUGAGCCGGGACAUGUUUUAGUGGACUGCAGAUUGCUGUCUUUGGCUUGUAAUCACCUUGUAAUAUUAUUUUGGUCCUCGCAGUGAAAUGAAACCGCAGUAAUGCAAAUAAAGACAACCUGUUUGUACAGAA